CAAAAGUUAGUGGACGCUCGUUUCGUCGGCUCUUAAUUUUUAAUUAAAAUAAAAUAAAAUACAAUUAAUUAAUAGUUAUUUUCAAAUAAAAAUAAUUUAAAAAGUAUUAAAGUAUAAAAUAAAACAUAAGAGAACAUGCAGGCCCAUAAUAAAAAGAGAGUUUGUUACUACUAUGAUAGUGAUAUUGGAAAUUAUUAUUAUGGACAGGGUCACCCCAUGAAACCACACCGUAUCCGUAUGACCCAUAAUUUGUUAUUAAAUUAUGGAUUGUAUAGAAAAAUGGAAAUCUAUCGUCCUCAUAAAGCUACUGCUGAUGAAAUGACAAAGUUUCAUUCAGAUGAGUAUAUACGAUUUCUUCGUUCAAUUCGACCUGAUAAUAUGACUGAAUAUAAUAAGCAAAUGCAACGUUUUAAUGUAGGAGAAGAUUGUCCAGUAUUUGAUGGUUUAUAUGAAUUUUGUCAACUAUCUGCUGGAGGAUCAGUUGCAGCUGCAGUUAAACUUAAUAAACAAGCAACUGAAAUAUGUAUUAAUUGGGGUGGUGGUCUUCAUCAUGCUAAAAAAAGUGAAGCAUCUGGUUUUUGCUAUGUUAAUGAUAUUGUACUUGGUAUUCUUGAAUUAUUGAAAUAUCACCAGCGUGUUCUUUACAUUGAUAUUGACGUUCAUCAUGGAGAUGGUGUCGAAGAAGCAUUUUAUACAACUGAUCGAGUAAUGACAGUAAGUUUUCAUAAAUAUGGAGAAUAUUUUCCUGGUACAGGUGACUUAAGGGAUAUAGGAGCUGGGAAGGGAAAAUAUUAUGCAGUUAAUAUACCAUUAAGAGAUGGAAUGGAUGAUGAAGCUUAUGAAUCAAUUUUUGUGCCAAUUAUAUCAAAAGUUAUGGAAACAUUUCAACCAUCAGCAGUUGUAUUACAAUGUGGUGCAGAUUCAUUAACAGGUGAUCGUUUAGGUUGCUUUAAUUUAACUGUAAAAGGACAUGGAAAAUGUGUAGAAUUUGUUAAAAAAUAUAAUUUACCAUUCUUAAUGGUUGGUGGUGGUGGAUACACAAUUAGAAACGUAUCAAGAUGUUGGACUUAUGAGACAUCAGUUGCCUUGGGUGUAGAAAUAGCAAAUGAAUUACCAUAUAAUGAUUAUUUCGAAUAUUUUGGUCCAGAUUUUAAAUUGCAUAUAAGUCCAAGUAAUAUGUCCAAUCAAAAUACAACUGAAUAUUUAGAAAAAAUUAAAAAUAGACUUUUUGAAAAUCUUCGUAUGCUUCCUCAUGCUCCUGGGGUACAAGUACAAGCCAUUCCCGAAGAUGCUGUGAAUGAAGAAUCUGAUGAUGAGGAUAAAAUUGACAAAGAUGAAAGACUACCACAAAGUGACAAAGAUAAAAGAAUCGUUCCUGACAAUGAAUUUUCUGAUUCUGAAGAUGAAGGUGAAGGUGGUAGACGCGAUAAUCGAAAUUAUAAGGGACAAAGGAAACGACCUCGUUUAGAUAAAGAUAGUGUUAAAUCUGAAACAGGUGAAAAAGACGAAAAAGAGAAUAAAAUGGAUACAACUGAGCCUGAUGAUUUGACAAAAAGUGAGGAUACAAAGAAGGAUACACCAGCAUUGACAUGAUGAGCAAAACUUUUAAAAUAUCGCAAAAAUUUUCUUCCAAGUAGAGAUGCUUAAUAAAAUAUCAGAAAUUAGUUUCUUAUACCCACUUUUUAAUACCUACCAUUUAUAUAAUAUAAGUUUUAUAAAUAUGAAAGAUAAUAAUUAUUAAUUUCUCAUAUAAUUUGAUUUUCUUAAAUAGAAUAGAAUUUUAAAAUUUGUCAUCUGUAUUAGCGUACCUUAUACACAAUAUAAUAGUUGACCAAUUCAAUUACAAACAAAAAAAAAAACAAAAAUAUUGAAAGUAAAUAGCAAAUUAUAUAAGAU